AUGAUUUGUUCAAUAUCAGGAGAACCGGUUAAAGAACCAGUUGUUUCCCCAAAGAGUGGGGCUAUAUUUGAAAAGAAACAUAUAAUUAAUUACAUAUCAACAAGUGGAACCGAUCCCAUAACUGAUGAACCAUUGACAGAAGAUGAACUAAUUACAAUAAAAACAACAGAAAACUCGAGCACCAUUGCCCCACCACAACUUCCUACUUCAUCAAACACAUCUAUUCCUGCAUUACUUUCUACAUUUCAGAAUGAAUGGGAUGCCUUAGUAUUAGAAAUGUUCACAUUAAGAAAACAAUUAAAUCGUGCCAGAGAAGAACUUAGUAUCGCCUUGUAUAAACAAGAUGCUGCUAUUAAUGUAGCUGCCAAGGCAAUAAGAGAACGCGAUGAAGCAAAAGAAGCAUUGGAAAUGCUAACCCUGUCAUUAAGCGUGAGAGAUGAACCAAUGAAUGAUGUAAUUGAAGAUAGCAAAGAAGACAAUCUGGUGAAUAAGAUGCAAGAGUUGGAAAAAAUUACCAAUGCUAGGGAUGAACUUUUCAAAGUACAUAAAUCACAAAAAGUCAAGUUUCCAUUUGAUGUGGAUACCGUUGUUAAAUUAGAGUUGACUAAUAAAAAGGAUGUAUUUGAGUCUGAAAAAGUUUCACAAUAUUCAUACAAUAAAAACAUCAAGACUAUUGUGGGGGUAUGUGAAAAUUCGAUAAUCAAGCAAAGUUUCAUUGAUGGAGUGACUUCAUAUUUUGAAACUGCCAAACCUGAAUUAGCGGCUAUAUCCAACAACGGUGUUAUUGCAGCUGUUUCUUCAAACAUUGUAACAUUUUCUACUACUGAAAGUUCCAUUCCAUUGACAGGUGAACCUAAGCAAAUAAUACCCCAUCUGUCGCUAGACAUUUUCAUUAUUAUUACAGAUAAAAAUUGGAUGGUUGUAAACACAAAGUGUGCAUUAGUCACACACAACAUCGUCUUAUCAUCAGCAGCACUUCAUUAUGACGGAGAAAUUUUGGCUGCACAAGUUGAUAGUGAAAUCCAAUUAUUUAGUAUAAUAUCUGGCGAUCAAUUAGGUAAAUUUAGUGUUGGUUACAAUAACGUCGUCAAAAUUGAAUUUGCUAGCAAUGGGUACUGGUUACUUGUGUUGUCUGUCGAAAAGUCUACAAGUUUGAUACAAAUUUUUGAUUUAAGAAAAGGAACAGAAGCUCACAAACUCGAUUUCAAUGAUACAGUACUUAAUUUUAUCAUUGAUCCAACAACAAGUGCCCUUUUGACUUUUACUAAGAAAAUGUACACUAUUUCCAGAUAUACCAAAAAAACCAAAUCUUGGUCACAAGGUGAACCUGAAAAUUUGGAUGCUUCAUUCAAUCCAACACAUAUUGAAUUAUGUACCACAGUUUCUGAUAUACUUGAUAAUAACCCAAUUGAAGUUUUCACAGUAGACUUGAAGAAGAACUCAUUGGUAUAUAGUGAAAUAAGUAAAUAG